UUUUGCUUGUGUUAACAAAUUUGCAUAAACAAUUCUGCAAAAUAAAACUAGAUUUUUAUUGUUUCGGUCGGCAAUAUAUAAGCUAUUCGAUCAGUCGUAAAAAAACCAUUACAGCAGCCAGUAUAACUAUCAUUGCACUUAUUUGACAAAAAUGAAAGUAAUCUAUGUGUUAAUGUACUGUGUUUUUUUAAACGUUUUGACAAAUGCGGAUAUAGCAGAAAAAAGAAAGAUGCUUCAUACUACAAACAUACUCAUCGAAAUACAUAUUGGAAAAGGGACCAUUUGGAAUAUAAUAAAACAUUUUGCUUGUAUUAUUGAUUUCUCAAUGGAUCAAUUGACUUUUAUGUUUGCAAUACCUGAAAAAAAUUUUGAUAACGACGGUGCUAAACAGCGUAUGUUGGAGUUUGGUCUGCAACUAAAAUUACUCGAAGACUCAGACCUUACUGAAGAUGAUGUAGCAGCUCAAGCUCGUAGUGAUAAAUCUAUACAAGAUCUUGGAGAUGCACGAAGAAAAAUGUUAGACCCAGUUUUAGCAUUGUUAAUAAUCAAUAUUAUGAGCAACCCAAGGAGUCACAGAAUUGAUUUUGAGUACACAUGUCGAAUCAUAGGAUUGUUCUGGAGUACAAGAAUUCCAGCAAGUUACAUAAACACUGCAAUUGUUUCAGAUGACGAGACUUGUGUCAUACGCCAUGGAAGGUUAGACAGGAAGUCAUUCAAACGCUUUGGGCUUGAUAUACAUUAUGUAGACAACGACGACCAUAGCGAUACAGGAAACAGCAUAGUUCGUGAUUUAACGAUAUUAUGAGCAUAAAUAUUUUCUAUUUUCUCAGGUUUAUUUUAAUAAAUGAUACAUAAAUUAUAAUGUACAUCUGUUAUUAUAUUUAAAUUUUUUUUUGCGUGCCUCACUUAUAUCAAAAUUGUUAAAUAAUUUAACCUUCUGCAAAAUAAAACGAUUUUA